GAGGCUGAUGCAGAAGAAGGACCAGCUGUUCAUCCUGUUAAGAUGUCUUGUAGUCCGUCGUUGAUAGAACCAGCAUGUUCCAACUCUGAGAUACAGGGAACUGCAAAAAUGAGAAAAAGUGAUGCUACUUCCAGACAUCUGGUUCCUCCUGAUGAUGAUAAUGAAAGUGAACAGUCAAAAUCUAUUCAAAGAAAGAGAGUGCUUCCAUCUUGGAUGCUGGAAAGAGACCUGCUGGUUCAGAGGAUUUCUGAGCCUGUAAUUAAAGAAGGUAGUAGAAUGAAAAAAGGCCAAGAAAGGGAUGAAAGUAAUGUGGAGUCAUUAAAAUCAGAAGUAAAUGUGCAGCAGAAAAAAAGAUUAGCUUCUGAAGAAACGAUAGAGGAUUUUGAAGGUGAAGAACAAGAUCAAGGGAAAAGGAGCUGUCUUUCCAUCCCUGUCCUUUCAUCUCAGAAUACAUCUGGAUUUCCCCUUGAGAGUACCAUGAGAAGCAUGGAAGGAAGUGGCAAGACUGGAACAAAAACCCCUGGAAGUUCUCUGGAAAAAAAUGGUAGGCAGCUGCAUAGUAAGUGGUCUAAAAGAAUAGGUCACAUCUCCAAUAAAACAAAUGUAAUUGAGGAAACAGAAAACAAAGAGCAGAUUACUGGUUCUACAAGCCAACAAGCUCACUGGGGCAGGACUUCCCAAUAUUUUGGUGCCCAGGAAGGGAUUCUUGAGCCUGAUGCAAAUCUGGAUUACGAGACUGAGAUUUCUGAUUCAACCAGAAGUGCAGAUGCUUCAGAAAGCUCCAAACAGAUCAAGCGUAAGAGGACACCUUGCAUGUAUGGAACAGGCUGUUACAGGAAGAAUCCCAUUCACUUUCAGCAGUUCAGUCACCCUAAUGACGAUGACUAUCACGAAACGGAGAUCGUAACUCGGGAUAACAAUGAUAACCGGCCUGAAUGUCCAUAUGGAACGGCUUGUUAUAGGAAGAAUCCACAGCACAAGCUAGAAUACAAGCACAGUGCACCUCCAGUAACUGAAAGAGGAACUCGACAACGAACUUCAAAAAAUGGAAAAAGGGCUGAGGAGAAAGACGGCGACAAUGGUGAACCAAAUGAAUAUGACCCUAAUGACAGCUUUAUAGAUGAUGAGGAAGAGGAGUGCGAACCUACUGAUGAAGACUCUGACUGGGAACCAAGUUCAGAGGAGAAAGAUAACGAAGAUGUUGAAACGCUUUUGCAAGAAGCACGUAGAUUUGUUAAGACCAAAAAGUAG